UCCUGCGGGAAGCGGGCGGGCGCCUGCGCGCGCAGUCCACCUCAGGCUCCUCCCCUCCCGGCUCCCGAGCCCGCGAGUGGCCGGCUUCUUCUCCGCCCUCCGAGAUGGCGCUGGACCCCGCAGCAUCUCAGACAUGUGGAGAAAGAUGUUCUGAUCCCCAAAAUAAUGAGAGAAAAGGCCAGAGAGAGGUGUGCUGAACAAGUUGAAGAUUUUACCAGAUGUUGCAAGGACUCUGGAAUCCUUAUGGUGGUAAAAUGCCGGAAAGAAAAUUCUGCACUGAAAGACUGUCUAACUGCUUACUAUAAUGAUCCAGCCUUCUAUGAAGAAUGCAAACUGGAAUACCUCAAGGAAAGGGAAGAAUUCAGAAAAACCGGAGUUCCUACCAAGAAGAGGCUACAGAAGCUUCCCACAAGCAUGUAGGCAAAUAGUGAGUCAGGAAGCCACUUGCAAUAUAACCCAGAAAUAAUGGACUGAAAAAAAUGUUUGCUCACCUAAUCAUGAACUACUGAUUCUUUUGUAUGAAAUAAAAUUCUUUAUUUCAGAGUUCUAGUUUAUUAAAUAUGGGAUAGGAGGAAAACUAAAUGGAAUGUUUUUUUGUCGUUGUGUUUAAAGUAAGUUCUUCCACAACUCUGACUGUAGGCACAGAGCUGAUGGUCUAAGAAUUCCAUAAGUACAUUACCUUCUUCCGGUCAUGUAGGCUGAUGCCUAGCAUAGGACAAGAGCCAUCAACUCUGCUCAUGGUAACUGGACUUCACUUCAGCACUGAGUGUGCUACUGUGGGCACCAGUCCCAGUGUCUGUGACAACUUACCCAGCCUUGCCAGAAGAUUGGGUAUAGGCAGGGCUUUGGGCCUUGACAUGGGCUUAUUUGAAAACACAGAUGAAGUUAGGUGAAUUAAUUUUCUGAAACCUUUGAUGUAAAAGUUUCUGCACUAUGUUUCUUGAUCUUUUCAACUUUGUAUAAUCUCUGAUUUUAAGAAGUUGUCAUGUCAAGUGUGAACUUCUGUUCUGUAACACUGGGGAUUCGGGAGGAGGAACUGUGGUUAAGUUUCUGCUCUAGUGUGUUAAUUUGAGCCCUGGCUGGGCUUUUAUUUAUUUAUUUAUUUAUUUAUUUAUUUAUUUAUUUACUUAUUUUUUUCCACCAUGUUCUUAAACAGAAAGAUAAUAUUUAGCUUUGGCUCCAAUCUCAUGAAAGCAUUUUUUUCUCAUUCAAAUGCUAAGUCUCACACAGUGCUCACCAAAGAACUGUUUUACUCCUGUCAAAGAAUCCAUUUUCUCAGACCACAGAACAGUAAGAGGUGGCCAAAGGCGAGCAAAUACAGUAAGUCUAGAGACUAUAGUAUGGAGAGAAUCUGUUGCCACUGGUGCAUCUUAUAAUGCACAGGGCCACAGUUCUUGUUUUCAGUGACUCAAAGGAAAGGUGUAGCAGUUGUUGUAAGAAAUGAAUGAAGUUGUAGCAAGAUUUUUGUUGUGUGUCAUAUAAUCAAUAGGUAUUAGACAAAUUGCUUAUAGUCAUCUCUUGUACCUGCUGCAGAUGUAUCUUUGGUAUACUGGGUUUCAGCAGUUGCACACUCAUAGGGCAUGUUUAUUCUUAACUUACAUAUGCAUUCAGUUUUAUUUUGGCCUCAACUCAAUACAAGAAUCUUUAGAGGAGUAGGUUUUUCUCAGGCUAAUAAGUGAUCAAGAGGGAGGAACAGGUACUCCUUCUAGUAUUGAGUUACAGGUGUGCUUAACUGGAUUUCCUUACCAAAAGAAACCCAGCUAUUCCAGAAAAUUUCAAGGGAAACACUUUGGAGUGUUAGGCUAAUAUGAAAAGGACUAAUAAAAAUGCCAAUUUUAAUGAAUCACAAAAUACAGAUAGUACCAUGCCACCUCUUCAACCACAGGGUUGACUAAGUGUAUACUUAAACAUUUCUGGCUAGGUAAAAAUAUUUUGGGGUUCAUCUUCUCUAGCUAAGGACUCUUACACAGGUCAUUAACACUUAAACUGUUAAGAACAUUAAUCCAGCUGUUCUAAGAUUCCUUUUUGAUAACUUGUUACUACUGGGUAGAGGGAAAGUUUGAGAAAUAAAAUUAAUACCAGACUUUGGAAAUAUAUAUAGGCAAGGACAUUAUUUCACAUCCAACUCCAUU